AAGUGCAUUAGUACUUUUCUUCUGCACAAAGUUACAAAAGAGGACCUCUUAUUUCCAAUGUGCUUUUCAUGCAACAAUAAGCUUCAUUCAACUUUAUUUUACUGUGCUUUUUAUCAAAUGCAUAAACUGUUUUGUGGAGUUUGAUUGUUUUGGUGUUUGUAGUUUUGAGGGAAAUGGCAGGGAUUUUUUCGAACGGUAGCGUUUACCGGAUAAGACAGUGUGCCCUCGACCUAUUAUCGAUUGUUGAUUUGAUGGAUGAGGAGGUUUCAUGGGACGUUAUAGGAAGAGAUCUCCAGCUUAGAUCAACAUUCUUAUACUGUGAUUUCAAACAAAUCAUUUCUAAAGCAGCAGAGGACGAAAAGCAACCCUUAAUUAACCUUGCCAACCGCUUAUUAUGUUCUACAGAAGAGAUGAGCUAUGCAGUAAAACUAAAAGAUAGUGCUUUGAUGGAGAGCAGAUACUUAGACACAACAAAGGUUUUGGAAGACUUGAUGGCUCUCCUUCCUUAUCGCGACCCAUUCGUCGAGGAUGAAUCGGACGAUUAAGUGAAUCCUUUAUUAACUGUAUAUGUUUUACCCCUUCCCUCGUGCCGUCUGUAAAUACUAAAUACCAGUUUAGGAUGAUUUCAUAUGUAAAAAGUUUGGUUUAGGCUUAAAUGUUUCAACUCUUGGAUAGAUUCUAGUAUAAUACUCC